GCCAAUGGAAUGCCUUUACAACAAUAUACUUGAACGUGCAUCUGGUACUGAAGUGUGAUAUUAUUAUACUGCACCUCGGCCUGACUUCGCACUUAGUAACAUACUAACAUGAAUUUGAACUGAAUGUAGGAUUUUGCAGGCGAAUAAUUGAUUUUGUUCGAUUUAGGCUUUACCUAAUCCGAAGAAUUGAGUGAAAUUAGCAAGAGGAAUAUUACAGGUGUGUCUUACUUGGAGGGCGGAAGACGAUGGCGGUGAUGAUGCCGAUGGACCGGGACAUGAUGGAGGUCGCCGAUUACUAUAACGGUCUGGAUCGAAACGGUGAACGAGCAGCGAAUGUCCCGACUAUAGCCGUCAAUGGUUAUGUGUAUGGAAGUCGAAAUCAUCCCAGUUCCUUCGUAGGACCCGAGCGACCAACACAUUCGAGCGGACCUCAGAAUAUCAAAGGUAUCAUGCACGAAAUGGAUAAAGCAAAGGCCACUCAGGACAUUCUUCGACGUCGAAAGCAGAAGUACUCGUCGUUUGUGAUGGAACCGAUGAUGGGUCGACCCGUGGUGGAAACUCCUGGGAUCGGGGAGAGAGAGGCCAGGUUAUUACAUAGACAUGGUAUUGUGAGGUCGACGCAUCUCCGAGAAGCUUUCCUAGACCUUGGAAGGAAAGAGUUCAUCGAAUGGCUCUGUGACAUGGGUAUCGCCGAACACGGUGCGAAAGAAUGCGCUCAGUCUCUCCACGAUUGGUGCGUCAAUUAUAUCAAAUUACCUCGCUAGAACAACCACAGUUCCACGAGAGGAGGUGUGAAGAUUCAUAAUGUGGGAGGGGCUGCAUGUAGGCCCCGCCCCUAUUAGGGGUACGAUAAAACUGAAAUGGCCUAGGUUCAACUUCGUAUAUACUUACAUUUUCUUAAACUUUUCAAAUCGAAAUUUCACUGUAAAAACUGUGGUGUUAAAACUGACACCAGUUGGUGUGAAUAGAGGACCACACCCUGAGGUGUU